GGAGCUGAUCAAAGGUAGUGGACACCUGCGUUCACAUACCGCAGUGAUGUCAAAGUGGCUGGACGAUGGUGAAGUGCUGGUGGGUCAGGGCAGCGGUGAGGCGGUACCAGUGAGCCCCAGAACGCGGGGCUUACCGGCUGGCAGCCCCAGGCCAGGCCGGGGUGCACGUAGUCCACUGGCUUCACCCACCGCCAGAGAGGCAGGGCCAGGAAGCCCGCUGGCAGAGACCAUGGGCAAGGCCAAGGAGCUGUUUGUGCUGUGUGACAAAGAGGGGAAAGGCUUCAUCACAAAGCGGGACAUGCAGAGGCUCCAAGUGGAAUUGCCACUGUCCCCUGAACAGCUGGAGACGGUGUUUGAGAGUCUGGAUCGAGAAAGCAAUGGAUUCCUGACACCUGCGGAGUUCAACACAGGACUUGGUGAGUUUGUGGGACUGGAGGACUCGACUGAGCCUAGUCAAGAUGAAGCAGAAGAGAACUCGGACCAGGUGGACUCGUCCCAGGAACCUCCUGAAGUUAGAUUUGUUAAUGUACUGAUGGAGCUGGGUGCCGACAAACUCUUCAAAGAUCAGGAGGAGCUCUCGACUGUGUGGUGUGAACUGCAGAGAGACAGACCAGAGCUGCUGAGUGUCCUUGAAGGUGUCCUGAUGCAUGCAGUGUCCCAUUUACAGGACUCCAUCAGAGAGAGAGACAGUUUGGAACAAGCUCUACGCAGACGAGAGAGUGAACAUGAUCAGGUCGUCCGGUCCAUAUAUGAAGAAAUGGAAAACCAAAUCAGAGAGGAGAGAGAGAAACAGCUGACGCAGGACAGUGUUAGACAGAAGCAGAGAGAGCAACAACUUGGGGAGGAGCUGAAGAUGCGGGAGCAGGAGUUGGAGAACACACUGAUCAAACAGACGGAGCUGGAGACCAGAAUCCGGCAGCUGAGCUGUGAACAGGCAAACAUCAGGCAGCAGAACGAGCAGCUGCGGAGCCUCAACGUGCAGCUACAGGAGCAGGUGGAGAGCAGCAGAGAGCAGCUGCAGGCUGCUCUGGGUCAGCUCAGUCUGCUGCAGGUCAGCGCCGCCCAGGAACACGUGGCCAGGCAGAGAAACGUAAUGAAGGUGUCGAGGAACAUGCAGAAAGAGAAGGAUAGUCUCCUGAGACAGCUGGAGUUACUGAGGGAUAUGAACAAAAGGCUGCGCGAUGAGAAAGACGCCCAACAGUCCCAGAAGAGGGUUAGUCACAGACGCUCUGUCCGUCCAUCUCUGCCAUUAACUUAUUACCUCAGUGAAGACCUUUGUACUCCGUGGACUCAGCAGAUUUUUCCGACCUAAGCUAAGUCUUGGAAUGGCUUCAUGCUUUAUUCCAUCCUGUGGACAAUGAUUAUUUACACUGGCAGCUAUUAUUGUUUGGUUAUUGAUUGAAAGCAUGUUCAUUGACCCGGUUUGGGAUUUUUGUGUUGUCAGCACUGUUUUUUUUUCUCUUGUAGAAAGUGAAGUGAAGGGUUUUGUUGAAAAGGCAUUCAUUCUGUCUGUGUCAGUCUGAAGGAGGAGUGUCUUCUGUGUUUAUUAAUGAUAUGGUAUAUUGCACUAUUAUGCAGGUGAACCAAAGAGGGCCAGUAUUUACCAAACUAUUAGAUUUUAUACAAGAGUGCUAAACUAUUCGCAAGUUCCUCUCUAUCCCAUCCACAUUCUAUAACAUAUGAAAUUUUGGCCGAAGCUGUUAACUGUAGCUAUGUUUUUUUCAAAUUUGAACAUCCAAGAUUCUCUCGUGAUCAAAAUUUCUGAACAAAAAAUACAAAAUAUUCAUUAGAGUUGAUCUUAAAACAAAGAUCACCAGUUGGUUAUUGUAUUUUUGUCUUGCCAUAUA